UUCUGCGGUAUGCUUUAAAUAUCACUAAAAAUAAAAGGAAAGUACUGUAGGCUUAUGAUAAGCAGUAUAGUUCGAUCAUCUCAAACGCAACAUUGGCUGGCAUUCUGCCAAAACACAUAGACUCGUCCAAAAGAUGCGUUAUUACUUACUGAGACGUGAAAGGUUGCGUGAACACCUUCGGAGAAAGAGAAUUUAUAUGCUGAAAGGAAAGAAAGUCCCCAUCUUUCCACCCUAUUUUCAAAAUAACUCCGUCCGAAUGACGCAUGCGUGUUUGCGCUCAUGGUCACGGAUGAGGCGGUCAUAAAACACGAACUAUUGUCAUAAAACACGAACUUCAUGAAUUGUUCUUUAAAGAUUCAGAAUGUAAUGCUGUUAGUUUCUCGUAUGUUCAUGAAUGUUUCCUCUCUUUUCAGAACGCCCACCCUCCGAAGCCACCUUCACCGGCGAGGAAUAUCUUCAUUUCGACGUCCGGGGAAGCGGAGGCGAACCACUGGUCAGUUGGAGUGAUAAGGUCUCCUUGCAAUUCCGGAGUCGGCAGUCGGCCGGCCUCCUUUUCUUUACAGCAGACCUGGGCCCUCACACGAUCGGAAGCGAAUACUUCCUGCACGUGGCCCUGGAGAAGGGUGGAAUUGCCGUCCACACCAAACUGGGCUCAGGACACGUCGAAAAGAUUGUUCGUCCCUCGAAAGUUCGAUUCGAUGACAACCAGUGGCAUAAGAUAGUUAUCCAUCGGAAGGUUAGAGAGAUAACAAGGGCAACCGGAUUCUGUCAUCUAUCUGUGACGAUCGAUGGAGUAUAUACAGAACGAGGUUUGACGACUGGGUCCUUUUCGAUGCUGUCCAGCAGCGUUAUCUACGUCGGAGGGGCUGCACCUACCACCGCUGCCCAACUCUUGCCUGCUUCCCGUAUUCCCAACUUUGUUGGAUGUGUCCGAAAGGUGGAAUUUGUUGCAGAUAGCGUUUCCUUGGACCUCUUAUCCCUCGCCAAAUCUCAAAGCAAGCUGCUGCGUUACCAUGGUGAUGUCCAAUUCUUCUGCCAAGAAAUGGAAGCGGCAGAUCCCAUUACUUUCACAACUCGUGAGUCCUUCCUGGCGUUGCCCACAUGGGAAGGAAGCAAAACGGGGACCAUUGCUUUCCGCUUCCGUACCAAUGAGGCGACGGGUCUACUCAUGUACAACGGUGGACCGGGCGAUGUGUUUGCCUUAGAGCUUCUGGAUGGACACGUCUAUUUAGUCCUGGGUCUCGGAUCUGGGAUAGCUAAGGUAAAGGCCUCAGGGAAAAGGUGUGAUGACGGUCAGUGGCACACCGUCACCCUUCGUCGAACUGGGAAGACGGGCAGGAUAGCAGUGGACGAAGCGGCAUACGAUUUCACUACCCCAGACAUGGAACCUUCCUUUAUGUGGAAGUUAGAAACUAUCGGCAUUGCAGAUGAUGCCCAAAGCAUUUCCAGGUUCGCAGAAGAUCAAGCAGCGAAAGAGCAGUUUCUUAGGGGCCUUCGCAGAACCGGAGAUGGUAGAUAUUGCGUGAGUUUACCUUGGACUCUAAAAUUCCUCCUGAUAUUCCCUUUAACUGGCAUAUUGCAGAAAGAGGGCUCUUUGCUACUACGAGAAAAUUGA